GUGAUCCAGUGAUCCAGUUUCAGUACCUGUUAGAGCGCCGGAUGGCCGGGUGAUCAGAUUAGAGGUGUCAGGGUUCGUUAAUCUGUGAGGGCGAGACAGACUGCCACUCAGGCUGCUUCUGCACACCGCUCCCAUUCAUCGGCGGCGAAGGGGAGCGGAGCACAUUUGGUGUUGACGCGCUUCGGGGAAUUUCCCCCCUUUUUUACAAUGGAUACCUGCAGGGUACGAGCCUGGGUGUUUCUGAUCCUGGUAUGGCAGGACGGGUCUUUGGCAUCGCAGUUUCCGACACAGCUCAUGAUUAAAGAUUGGGUUGAUCAGAUGCAGAAAGAGCUUGUCACCCUGGCAGAUACAGCUACAGCUGGGAAGAGCCUCACUCAGAUUUUUCUGAGAAACCAGCACCUGUACACUGUGGAGCAGAACGACGCAGAGGAGCUGGUUGCCAGAGCAGCCACAAAAAUUGAACAGCUGCUGCGGAAGAGAUCUGCUGCCUUGGAGAAAUUGGCCACAGCCGCUGAGAACUUCCAGAUGGAGCAUAACUGGAAAGACGAGUUUGAGGGUGAUGAAAUCUCCUACUACAACGCAAAGGACAAUCUGGAUGCAAAUGAGACAAAGGGAAGGAAAUACAGGAUUCGCCCAGACUUUAAAGAGGACCUGUCAUUUAAACGUUUGACUGAUCACAACCACACGGCUGUCCACAUCCCCACUGACAUUUAUGAUGGUUCCACCAUUGUGCUGAAUGAGCUGAACUGGUCCGAGGCAUUGGAGGACGUGUUUAGAAAGAACAGAGAGGAUGACCCGACCCUUCUCUGGCAGGUGUAUGGAAGUGCUACGGGCCUGGCUCGCUACUACCCAGCUUCUCCCUGGAUGGAUGCUCGCAAGACCCCCAGUAAGAUUGACCUGUAUGACGUCCGCAGGAGGCCAUGGUACAUUCAAGGAGCUUCCUCACCCAAAGAUAUGCUAAUCCUUGUGGAUGCAAGUGGGAGUGUGUCUGGCUUGACUCUCAAUCUGAUCAGGACCUCCGUCAGCGAGAUGCUGGAGACUUUGUCUGAUGACGACUACGUCAAUGUAGUUUAUUUCAACACCAGGGUGAACAAGACGGCGUGUUUUGACCACCUGGUUCAAGCUAAUGUCAGGAACAAGAAGCGGCUGAAGGAUGCUGUUCAGAAUAUCACAGCUAAAGGAAUUACAAACUACACAAAAGGCUUUGAGUUUGCUUUUGAGCAGCUGUCUACGACUAAUGUGAGCAGAGCAAACUGCAACAAGAUCAUCAUGCUGUUUACUGAUGGAGGAGAGGAAAGAGCUCAGGCCAUACUGGAGAAGUACAAUGCUGACAAAAAGGUGAGGAUAUUCACCUUCUCAGUAGGACAACACAACUACGAUAAAGGACCGAUUCAGUGGAUGGCCUGUUCCAACAAAGGUUACUUCUAUGAGAUUCCUUCGAUAGGAGCCAUACGAAUAAACACACAGGAGUACCUGGAUGUCCUGGGUAGACCAAUGGUUCUGGCAGACAAGCAGGCCAAACAAGUCCAGUGGACUAAUGUAUACCUUGAUGCUCUGGAACUGGGUCUGGUCAUCACUGGAACACUACCUGUCUUCAAUAAAACAAAGACCAAAGAUGACAGGAAUGGCGAGCACCAUAAUCAGUUGAUCCUUGGCGUAAUGGGGAUUGACGUGUCUCUGGAUGACAUCAAGAUGCUCACACCGCGCUUCACAAUUGGUCCAAACGGAUACUACUUUGCCAUUGAUCCCAAUGGAUACGUCCUGCUGCACCCUAAUCUCCAGCCAAAGAAUCCUAAAUUCCAGGAACCUGUUACCCUAGACUUCCUGGAUGCUGAGCUGGAGAAUGACAUCAAAGUGGAGAUCAGGAAAAUGAUGAUUGAUGGUGAGACAGGUGAACGUACCAUUAACACUCUGGUGAAAACUCAGGAUGAGAGGUACAUAGAUCGAGGAGUCAGGACCUACACGUUCGCACCGGUCAAUGGAACAGAUUACAGCCUGGCUCUUGCUCUGCCUAAAUACAGUGAACACUUCAUUCAAGCAAAACUGGGGGAUGACAUGAAAAAAGAUAUGUCUUCUUCUUGGGGGCAAGAAGCCAUGGAAACCAUACAGCAGGAGAGGUUUGAUGAGUAUGGUUACACCUACAUCGCUCCAAGGGAGUACUGCAAAGAGCUGAAGUUGUCACUCAACAACACCCAGUUUGUCCUCGACUUCAGCCAGUACAUUGAUAGGAACAUCCCAGAUGCAUGCAAUGUGUCCCUGGUGAAUCGACUAAUACUGGACGCAGGUCUGACAGCUGAACUGGUGAAACUUUGGAUUGAGCAGACAGUGGAUGGGAUAGUGGCCAGGUUUGUAGCCACAGAUGGAGGAAUCACAAGAGUCUACCCAAGAAGUGCUGGGGAAGAGUGGACUGAAAAUCCUGAGACAUACGAGUCCAGCUUCUACAAAAGGACCCUGGACAAUGAAGUUUAUAUUUUCACAGCUCCAUAUUUCCCUGAGGGCAGGGAGUCUGUUUCUGAGUCAGGUAUUCUAGUGAGCAAAGCAGUGGAUGUCACGAUUGACGAAGUCACUCUCAAACCAGCCGUGGUGGGAGUAAAGCUCAAUGUGUCAUUCUGGAUGAACAUUUUUAUAAAUGCUACACUGAAACUGAAUUGCAAGGAUGAGAUCUGUGGCUGUCUAAGGAAUGACAAGCACGUAGACUGUGUGAUCCUGGAUGAUGGCGGAUUUCUACUCAUGUCCAACCAGGAUGAGUAUAUCACCCUGAUAGGUCAGUUCUUUGGUGAGGUGGAUCCUGUGCUGAUGAUCAACCUGGUCAACACCUCCCUGUACUCCUUCAACAAGACCUAUGACUACCAGUCUAUCUGCGACCCAGAGAAAGACAGCAAGACUGCAGCAGGAACCCGCUCCAUCUAUGUGCCUACCAUUGCAGACUUGCUCAGUAUUGGCUGGUGGGCCUCCAGUGCUGCCUGGUCGAUACUCCAACAGCUCUUCUUUGGUCUCAUGUUCCCCAACCUUCUCGAAGCAGCGGAGUCAGCAGAUGAUGACAUACCAGAUGCCAUUUUUAAGGAAAGCUGCAUCACAGAGCAGACUCAGUACUUCUUUGACAAUGAUGAAAGAUCCUACUCAGGUGUCCUGGACUGUGGAAACUGUUCCAGGAUGUAUCGUGCCGAGAAGCUGCCAAACACCAACCUAGUGUUCCUGAUCACUGAUGCCAAGGCAACGUGUUUGUCCUGUGACCCCAGGCCGCUACGACAGGCUGAACAACCCUCUGAAGGUCCUAAUCCAUGCGAGCUAGCUCAGAAUCCUAGAUACCGCAAAGGGCCGGACGUGUGUUUCGACAACAAUGAAAACGAUGAGCCCUUGUGCCCAAUCAGCAGAGGUUCUACAUUGAGCCCCACACUUCUCUUGUUGUUUCUGGUGCUCACUUCAGGGAAGAUGAUUCUGAUUGUGGAGGAGGGACCUGCCUAAGCCCGUGUCUUUGGCAAAUGCUUGGGCUCCAACUACUGCUGCUGUGGCUCAUCACAUCUUCACAACACUCAUGACCCCCACACACACACACACACACACACACACACACACACACUUAUCGUCAUCGUAUCCCACAAGAGCCCAGAAGACACUCCAGUAAUGGCAUCCAGGAUGUAUGCAGAAUAUUUGCAACAAGACAUGUUUUCUGAUGACAGUAUCAUUUUUCAAUGCCAAAGGGUGCUCAAUUAUUUCCUCCUUGUCAUUUUCAAAAAUAGAGACACAUUUACUGUGCUCAGCUGCACUCAUUUCCAUGAUAUACUCCUUAAUACUCUCUUAUGGUGCAAGAGUAAGAGCUAACCAAACCCUUUAAUUCUGCCUCAUUUGUUUCUUUGAUUUAUUUAGCAGAGGUUGAAGAGUCCCACUUUGCCAACUAAAUAUCAUUCAAAGACUGUAUGUUCACUGACAGCGUUGAUUUGUGUAGUUGUCGAUAUUGUUUGUUGCUUAUUUAUUGCGUAUGAAUCAUUAUGCUUCAAUGAUUGUUUAUUUUUGGCAACCAGUGCAACUAUAUCCCUUUUGUUUAAGUGUUUUUUAAAUGUACUGUACCCUACCUAUUACCUAUUUAUUUUUUUGUACUCAAAAUCAACAAGCAUUACGUGACUAGCUAGGUGUUGUAUUGUAGCAGCAUGUGCUCAGUACAGAGCUAAAGACAGCACUAGUACUCUGACACCAAAGCUCCACACAGUACCAAGGUUCACAGAUACACACAACCCUACUACAGAGAAUCUGCAGGCCAGUUUAUUUUAAGAGAUUCCUCAGAUAUGGGUGUAUUCAAGUUAUGACGUUAGCUAUCUAGCUCGCUAGAUAGAUAGAUAGAUAGAUAGAUAGAUAGAUAGAUAGAUAGAUAGAUAGAUAGAUAGAUAGAUAGAUAGAUAGAUAGAUAGAUAGAUAGAUAGAUAGAUAGAUAGAUAGAUAGAUAGAUAGAUAGAUUAGAUAGAUAUCGUAUGUACCUCAUGUGAAUCAAAAUCUAUUAGGAUAUUACAAUCUCAAAUAUGUUUGUAGCCUACUUGGUCUGACAGCUUUGGUUGUCUUCAAUUUGAUGCAUCAAAUUCCCAGUGCCUACAUAGUAGCUCAAUCAGUCUGUUAUAUGAAUGAAAUAACGAAUCAGAGUUGUAUUCUUAAUAUGUAUGUUUCUAUGCUAAUGCUUGCUGCAGUAUAGCAGAGCGGGUAGCCCUUGCAGUAAUAUGUUGUGAAAUGAGCCAAAUUGGCUGCAGUUAUUCUAAUUGAUGUGACCCAGACAACAGUAGAAACAAACAGUGAUUUUGAUUAUGGGAAAGGAAUAUAAUUUUCCUCCAUGAUCAAAACAAACCUAAACCAUACUUGAGCUUUGUGUUCCAACACCUCUCUUUAUUAGUGCUGUUUCUGUUCCCUCUCUGGAUCACCAGACUCAGGAGCCAAGAUGACUUGUGAAUGAGAUGAGCAUAUCAAAAUGACUGUUUCUUUGUUUUCUUCUCCUUGCUGUAUUCCUCCUUAUGCUUGUUUCCUGUUUGUAUUGCUCUAUAAGUGCUGUGAAGCAGACGCUGAAGGCUCAGUGUCGAAAUGCUGCAAUGUCAUGGGAUGAGCUUGUUCUGUGUUUGAACGCUGUCUAUGCCUAUGAUCAGCAUCAGGGUCUGUUGGAGAGAACUUUGAGAAUACACUACCAGUGGCAAUUGUGCAUUGCCUGACAUUACCAUAAAUCAUAAGGAUCAAGUGUUUAAGUUUUCCUUUAUUUGUAGCUAUUUUAACUAAAGUAGAGUUCUCUCCACCUAGCCUUCAUGGUGACCUUGUUAAGUGUUCAGGUUAUGCCUGUCUAUCAAAGUCGCGUGUUGACGUGUUUUACCCCGGGGGUCCCGUGUCUUUGUGCAGGCAUGUGCGUGUCCCUCCGAUAUCUGAUUGUGCUUUAAUACUGUACAUGAAUUACUCUUUUGUGGAACUUGACUAGCCUGAAUACAUUUUGUAUACAUUUGUACACUUAUACUAUUUACUGUAUAAAAGAGAAAAUGAAAGAAAAGAAAAAUGUUUAUAACAUGGUGUUGAUUAUUGUGCAAAUAUAAUAUAUUCACAAUAAAAGUGUUGUAUUGUUAUGA